ACGUCUCUCCGCCCCACCCCACUGCGCAGCGUAGGCAAGCACCAGUGACGUCGGCGGAGAGUGGCUGCGACUCGAGACACCCCGUGGACUCUCACCGUGCGGGGUUCACACAGAGAGCGACGGCGAGACGGGAGAUAGCGGGGUCCGUGGCAGCGGUGCUGGUGGCGUUAAGAUCUCUACCCCCACCACCACCACCACCCACCCACCUACUCACUCCUCUCCUGCGCCUUACUCAUACAGCUCCAUUGCUGCACGGUCGAUCUUCGCCCGUCCGUGCGCCGCGCUGGUUGGGGUUUGUUUCGCGGCGGCGGUGAUGAAUUAACGAGGCUCGCGUCGGCUUGUCUCGUCUGCGAAGGCGGCGAUAGCUGCGAGGGCGAAACCGACCGAGCGUUGCAUUGCGAGCUGUUUAGGUUGUGGGUGGGUUGUUUUUCUUUCUUUCGGUUGCUAGAUAAGAGCGCAGCAUAGCGAUACCUUUAAAUAUCCGCGCACGCACGCGCGCUACGUAAAUUGUGGUUUUUUUCCCCCCCCUUCAAAAUAAACCAUGGGCUCCGAUAAUUGCAUGAAAGGCUUUUGGAAGCGCAAUUGGCUGCUGUUCAGCACCGUUGCCGCCGUGGUGUUGGGCAUCGGCACGGGACUGCUGCUGCGGGAGUUCGCCAACUUCAACAGCUUGGAUAUCGUGUACUUCUCCUUCCCGGGUGAUGUGCUCAUGCGGAUGCUCAAGCUCAUCAUCCUGCCGCUCAUCGUGUCCAGCAUGAUCACAGGAUUGGCGUCUCUGGAUUCCAAUGUUUCAGGGAAGAUUGGUGGGCUCGCGGUGGCUUACUACCUGAGUACCACCGUUCUGGCUGUCCUAUUGGGGAUCGCACUGGUGCUGCUCAUCAAGCCCGGCGUGUCGCAGAGCACCGACGAGAUCGACCGCACCGGGUCGACCCCCAACGCCACCACGGUGGACACCCUGCUCGACCUCGUCAGGAAUAUGUUUCCAGAGAACUUGGUGCAGGCCUGUUUUCAGCAGUACAGGACGCGGCGCUCGGAGAUCGACCCCGAGGUCGUGAUCGUCAACUCGACGGCGUCGCCCGUGACCACCACCCUCUCCAUGGCGCUCUCCACGCUCGCCGAGCAACUUGGCCAGAAUGUGACGGUGAUCAAGGAGUUCCGUCUGACGGGAGAAUAUUCCUCGGGCAUCAACGUGCUGGGCCUCAUCGUGUUCUGCGUGGCGUUCGGCUCCGUGAUUCGCCGCAUGGGUCCCAGCGGGGAGAUCCUGGCCGCCUUCUUCGACGCGCUCAAUGAAGCGACGAUGCGAAUCGUCGCCAUCAUCAUGUGGUACAUGCCCAUCGGAAUCUUCUUCCUGGUUGCCGGAAAAAUUAUGGAAGUGGACGACUGGGAAAUCUUCCGGAAGCUUGGCCUCUACAUGGCGACGGUGCUGUCCGGCCUGGCGAUUCACAGCCUCGUCGUUCUGCCUCUCAUCUAUUUCAUCGUCGUCCGCCGCAACCCGUUCUCCUACAUCGCCGGGCUGACGCACGCCAUCACCACCGCGCUCAUGAUCUCCUCCAGCUCGGCGACUCUGCCCGUCACCUUCAAGUGCCUGGAGGAGAACAACGGGGUGGACAAGAGGGUGACCCGCUUCGUGCUGCCCGUCGGGGCCACCAUCAACAUGGACGGCACGGCGCUGUACGAGGCCGUGGCGGCCAUCUUCAUCGCGCAGCUUAACGACAUGGAGCUCAACUUCGGGCAGAUCGUCACCAUCAGCGUGACGGCCACCGCUGCGAGUAUCGGUGCGGCCGGAGUGCCCCAGGCCGGCCUCGUCACCAUGGUGAUGGUGCUCACGGCCGUGGGGCUCCCUUCUGAGGACGUGACCCUCAUCAUCGCCGUCGACUGGCUCCUCGACCGUUUCCGCACGGCGGUGAACGUGCUGGGCGACGCGAUCGGCGCGGGCGUGGUGGCGCACGCUGCGCGGCGCGAGCUCAGCGUGCUCGACCCGCCCUCGCCCUCCGUCUUCCCGCCGCCGUCGCCGCUCUCGCCCGGCGGCAGCAACAGCAACAACAACAGCAACGAUGAGGACGGCGGCGGCGGCGGCGGCGGCGGCGGCGGCGGCGGCGCCGCGGCCGCUCUGCUGCUCAAGCAGACGGGUGGAGGUCCGGUUGCCGUGAGCGGCCAGAACUUCACAAACAUGCGCGAGUACAGCAACGGGGGCUUCGUGAGCGACCCGCACGACCGGGCCACGCUGCCCGAGCAGAUGUCGCGCUUGUAGCGGACGGCGCCCCCUGACCCUUCGUUCUGAGAUUUUCAAACCCGCGAGUCAAGAGUUUCGGAAAUGCUCGUUCGGAGCACCGGCGCACGCACGCACGCACGCGUGCCUCCCUGCCCGGACGAGCGUUGGGGCGGCUGUCUUUGUGCCGUCUCUUUGUCGGCUGCCCCAAGUCGCGACUGGCAGGGAGAAUUAAAACAAAGCCGACAGCAGCAGCAAACAUGAAUAACUACAAUCCGGAAUCCCUCGUGUCAAGUCAACAGUCCCGAGGGGGGUGUCCCCCUCUUCAAACCCCCGGUGUUGGGCGUCCCUGAGCCAACAGUGGAAACUCCACAUUCCCCACGACAGGGACCUGAUCUCUCUUGAUAGCACGACGGCUGUUGACUUGCCACUGGAGAAAUGAGUUGAAUUCUCACAAUCAAAAUUUGGUGAUAGCAAUGCAAAUUUAAAUUAAAUUAAAAACUUUUGUUUCAGGUUUUUUUGCCAAUUCCCAAUAAUGGGCGUUUGUUUGGCUAGUGGGAGGGAGCCAGAGAACCCCGUUGUAAUGAAGGGGGGGAGGGGGGAAACACUGAUAACUCCUCACAGCUGGAUUAAAUAAUCCAUCGCUGUGCUCGCAUCUCCUGGCCAACGCAGGGCCCAAGCCUGUAACACCUGGUAUUCCCAAGCAGCACUAACCCAGGUCUGACGAGAUCCAUACCGCUGGAGUGAACGGCAAACCUCCGAUUGUCAUCUGUGCCAAAAUCAGUGCCAAAAUUCAACUUUUUUUAUUCCUCCAAUUCGCACAAUAAUAAUAAGAUACGGCCAUUUGUCAAUUCAACUGCUGGAUUAAAAAAAGAUAUAUUCUUGUGCAAUGUUGGUCAAUGGUGGUGGCGGGGGCGG